AUGUCAGAAGGCCAAGGUGAGCCAAAUCAAGUAAAAAAGGAAAAUGUGGUGGCAGCUAAUGUACCCAGUGAUAGUCCAGUUACUGAUCCUGGACAUGUUAGAGGCGCUCCCACUGAGGGUACUGCUGGCAAGUUUGAAGGGCAGCGUGCAAAGUCCAGUGCUCUGAAGAAAUCUGCACGGUAUAGAAGCAGAUCACUAUCUGCUUCAUCUGCAGAUUCAUAUAGUUCCACUUCCUAUACAGAGAACAUUUAUGUGAUACUGAAAGCGAUCGAUUUCAAGAGUAAAGCUGUUGGUUGGUAUAUUAGUCAGGAGAGCAUUGAUCCUUCAAGAAUCACUAUCUACAGUAGGAGGAGAGAAAGAAGACGCAAGAGUCAUGUGCACCCCCCUUCUAACCGUAUACAUAAGGUUGGCGAGCGUACGAUGACGUGCUAUCGGGACCAGGGGGACGCCUUUGGGAUCCCAGUCGCACCCCUCGCAGUGAGGUUAUAA